AAGAAAAGCAACAUAGAUUUGAGAGGAUAGAAGAGCUGAAUAAGGAGUCUCUGAACUGGACUAUGGAACCUCUUGGAAGGCCCCCUGGAAGACCCAGGGCCCAGCCACAACAAGGAAACUACAGAGGCAAUGCUGGACCCAGACCUGGAGGGGAUAAUAUUAAUGAACCCAGAAGAAUUCAGAAUCAGCCACAGGGUAAUGAAAGAAGAUGGCAUGGCCAGGCAGGUAGAGGCCAACAUGGUCAAGGAACAGAGAGAAGACCAGGAGGUGCCAAUGCAAGAAGAGGGCAACACAAUCCUAAUGGAGAGCAUAAUCGCAGGCCUCCACCUCAGAGGGCAUAUAAUGACAGACCUUCAGAAAGAGAGCAGCAUGUUAGACGUUUGGGUUAUAAGGCCUUGGAAGAACUACAAGACAAAGAUCCCUCAGAGGUAGUAAUCACUUUGGCUUCUCAUUCUGGGCUUAGGGAGCUGUUAUCAGCCACAGAGAUGAAGUCAGGUUUGAUGGAGUUACUAUGCAAGGUUCUCAGUAAAGCCUGCAAUUCUCGGAUAGAUAGACAGAGUAUACAUCACAUUCUGGGACUGGUCAAGUCCUCAAGCUUCCUCCGUACUUGCUUACCUCACUACAUUGUUGGAAUGUUGACUGAUCCUAUCCCAGACAGAAGACACAGGUAUCCAAUGCAUAUCUCCAAUAUACUGCGCAUCUUGCAGGAAAUUGCUAGCAUCUUUCCAGCCAGCUCCGUGCAGGAGACCUCACUUUUGAUCACUCUUCUUCCUGGAUCUAUUAAUGCUUUGCGCACCUCUGGUGUUAAUAUUGAUGAGCAGAUAGAACAAAGCUUAGAGAGAGUAACUGGAUUGGUUGAGCAUCUGCAGGACAAAAGGAGGGAAGGGACAUUACGAGUGGACACUCAUAUGACUCUGGAGCGAGAGGAACCUAUGGAGAAUUACAGAAAUAUGAGUGUUUACCCCACCUAUGAUGAGAUUCACCAAGAUGUGAAGCCUUUUCUAAGGCCAAACACACUAAGCAGCAAGUUUGAAAGCACAGCACUCUACCUGGACACACACUUCCGACUCUUACGGGAGGAUUUUGUGCGCCCAAUGAGGGAUGGAAUUCAGGAGAUACUUCAGCAUCAUGAUGAUCGUGGUUUUCGCAAGAGGAGGUUUGAUGACAUCCGUGUUUACUUUGACACACGUAUAGUAGCUCCUUUGUGCACACAGGCUGGCAUUGUUUACAAAGUACACUUUGAUACUAGUCCUUUAAAAAUGGUGCGCUGGCAGAACUCCAAACGUCUGUUAUAUGGAUCCCUAGUCUGCCUGUCCAAAGACAAUUUUGAAUCCUUUCUCUUUGCCACAGUUUCCAACCGUGAUGCUGAAGAACUGAAGAUGGGUGAAGUGCAACUGCAGUUUAGCGAACAUAGCCGAGGACUACUAGCUAGAACAAAUCCAACUGAUUCAUUCUUGAUGGUGGAGACUGCAGCUUAUUUUGAAGCAUAUCGGCAUGUCCUAGAGGGGCUUCAGGAAAUCAAUGAGCAGGAUGUGCCCUUCCAAAAGUACAUUGUACAAUGCCAAAAUGAAGUUGGAUCACCUCGGUAUCUUAACAUGGGAACACCAUACAAUCUAUCAUGUCUAGUAAAACAAGAUGUGAGAUUGCCUUCUAUGAAGAUAAAAAAUGUAAAUAUCCUGGAGCCCAAAGAAUGGCCUUCUAGGGAUGACAUGGGCUUUGAUGAAUCUCAAAUGGAGGCUGUGCAGCUAGCACUCACCAAAGAGCUGGCCAUUAUCCAGGGUCCCCCAGGCACAGGGAAGACCUAUGUUGGACUAAAGAUUGCUCAAGCUCUGCUCACUAACACAAAUGCCUGGCAAUUUAAUGAACAUUCAUAUCCUGUCCUUGUGGUUUGUUACACAAACCACGCUCUUGAUCAGUUCCUGGAGGGAAUCCACCAUUUCUUAGAAAAGGGCAUUGUCCGUGUUGGGGGGAGAAGCAACAGUGAAGUCCUAAAAGAUUUCACCCUAAGACAAUUGCGGAGUAAACCAGACUUUCGUAGAAACCUUCCCCAGCACUUGCGGAGGGCAUAUGCAGAUGUAACCACAAAUAUGAAGAUGGCAGAACAAAAGCUCCAUGAGGGGGGUCAACUCUUGCAGUGCUCCAUGACUGGAAUAAUUCACGAACGGUUUCUUGAGAAGCACAUAGAUGAACUGCACUGGGCCAGUCUGCACAAUGCCCUGGAUGAUGAGGGGUUUUGUAUCCAGAGUGGGUAUGGCAAAACGUCAAUGAUUGUGGAAUGGCUGGGACUGGGAAUCACGCCAUACACUCGCACUACAGCUCCCACUGGGCCAGAGGAGGAGGUGGAAGAGGAGGAGGAAGAGGGGGAAGAAGACGAGCUGAUUGAAGUUCCUGAGGAAGCUGACCUCAUCCAGGCUGAACGUGUUAUUGAGGGUGAUGAUGAAUCAGUGCGACCCAAGAAAAGGAGGAACGUAGUGGAUACCAAAGAAUUAGAACAACUACUUCAUGCAAUAUCAAUAGAAAAUAAGGAGCCAAUAAAUCCACAAGGCGAAGAAGGACAGUGGGAGAUGACACGGGAUCAGAAGAGGAAAAGAAAACAAAAAAUGAAGAAUGAAUUAAAGAAAGUGGAAGCAAUGAAGGAGGAGGAGCUUGAAAUGGUGGAUGACUUGUGGAGCCUGGACAUGAGCUCUCGCUGGAGGCUGUACAGGCUAUGGUUACAGCUUUACCAGACAGAAAUCCGUCAGAAGAUCCUGACGCAUGAACAACAGUAUCAGGAGGCUUCAGAUCGCUUAAUGGAGUUGAGACUACAAGAGGAUUUGCAACUCUUAAAACAGGCCAAGGUCAUAGGCAUGACAACUACAGGAGCUGCAAAGUUCAGAAAAAUACUGCAGGAAGUAGAGCCCAGAAUUGUCAUUGUAGAAGAGGCGGCAGAGGUCCUAGAAGCUCACACUAUAACCACACUGAGCUCUGCAUGCCAGCACCUUAUCCUUAUUGGGGACCAUCAACAGCUGAGACCAAGUGCUAAUGUGUAUGAUUUGGCCAAGAACUUCAACCUGGAAGUGUCUCUAUUCGAAAGACUUAUCCGUUCUGAUCUUCCCUUUAUCCGGCUGAACUACCAGCACCGCAUGCGACCAGAAAUAGCGCAACUCCUGACCCCUCAUAUCUACCAGAACCUUGAAAACCAUGAAUCAGUGCUAAACUAUGAAAACAUCAAGGGAGUGUCAACCAAUGUUUUCUUUGUGGAGCAUGACUUUCCUGAGCAAGAGAUAUCAGAUGGGAAGAGCCACCAAAACACCCAUGAGGCAGAGUUUAUUGUGGAAUUUUGCAAGUACUUCCUUUGCCAGGAUUAUAAACCAUCACAGAUCACCAUCCUUACCACUUACACUGGGCAGCUAUUUUGUCUCCGCAAGCUCAUGCCAGCUAAAACGUUUUCAGGGGUGAAGGUACAUGUUGUGGACAAAUACCAAGGUGAAGAAAAUGAUAUCAUCCUGCUCUCACUAGUACGCAGCAACAGAGAGGGGAAAGUUGGUUUCCUCCAGAUAUCCAACCGAAUCUGUGUGGCGCUCUCCAGAGCCAAAAAAGGGCUGUACUGUAUUGGGAACAUGAAUAUGUUGGGAAAAGUGCCUUUGUGGAGUAAGAUAAUUCUCACCCUUAGGCAGAAUGGCCAGAUUGGUAAACAAUUAAUGCUCUCCUGCCAGAACCACCCUGAGGUACACACCUUAGUGUGCAAAGGCAGUGACUUCAAAAAGGUGCCUGAAGGGGGCUGCAGUCAGAAGUGUGAAUUCAGACUUAGUUGUGGACAUGUAUGUUCCCGUGUGUGUCAUCCCUAUGAUCCAGAGCAUAAGCAGUAUAAAUGCACCAAGCCUUGUCAAAAAGUACUAUGUGAGGAUGGACACCGUUGCACCAGAAGUUGCUAUGAACCUUGUGGCCUGUGCAUGGUGAAAGUUGAAAAGUGCAUGCCAUUGUGUAGCCACAUGCAGAUGGUUCCAUGUAGCAUCUCUGUAAUGACAUACUGCUGUCAGGAACCAUGUAACAAGUUCUUAGGGUGUGGUCACAAAUGUGAGAAGUUGUGUGGAGAUAAAUGUGAAGAGCGUUGUCCUCAAAAGAUCUCAGUGACACUAAAAUGUGGACACACCCAACUGAUCAAAUGUUGGAAGAAACGCGAUAUGGAAUUUGGUAUGCCCAUUAAAUGCACAGAGCUCUGUACUAGUAUGCUAAGUUGUGGACACAAAUGCCAUGGCACCUGUGAUACCUGCUUUGAAGGACGAUUUCAUGGCAGCUGUAAAAAGUCUUGCAAACGCUUUUUGAUCUGCUCACAUGAAUGUGGGGAACCUUGCACCAAUGAAUGCCCUCCUUGCAAAAAAGCCUGUGAAAACCGCUGUAUUCAUAGCCAAUGCAAAAAGGAGUGUGGACAUAGCUGUGCACCCUGUAUAGAGCCCUGUGGCUGGAGCUGUCAGCACUACACCUGCAGUAAGCUCUGUUCUGAGCCAUGUAACCGCCCCCCUUGCAAUAACCCAUGUCCCAAACAACUCAAGUGUGGACAUCCCUGCAUUGGUUUAUGUGGAGAACCAUGCCCCAAUAAAUGCCGUAUUUGCCACCAUGAAGAGGUAACAGAGCUAUUCUUUGGAUCAGAGGAUGAGGUAAAUGCUUAUUUUGUGCAGCUGGAGGACUGUGGGCACAUCUUUGAAGUCUCUGGAAUGGACAAGUACAUGAAAAUGAGUGAUAAUUCCAAUGAGGAAACUAGUAUUAAACUGAAAGUGUGUCCAGUAUGCCAGACCCCUAUCCGUAGAAACCUGAGAUAUGGCACAAUUGUUAACAGAACUUUGGAGGAAAUUGAAAGAGUUAAAGAGAGAAUACAAGGGCCGGCAGAUGAAAUAGCUCUUACCAAAAGCAGACUCAAGGAUACACUGGAUCAGAUGGUUGAGUUUAGGAGGACUUUCUCCAUGGAAUAUAUGGAGCUAAGGGAUACACUGCAAAGCUCAAACACGUCUCUUAGGAAACUUAAUACCCUAGAGAAUAUGAUGUUGUUCUAUAAAAAGUUAGCUAGUCUUUUUAGAAGCAUAAAAAAUGUGGAUGAGAAAGAAAAAACUGGUUUGAAGAAUCGUCUACUUCAGAUUAAGGGUUGGGUAGAAAAAACUCGUUCCUUUUUUACAGAACAAGAGCUCUCGGACCUGCAGAAUGAAGUGAUGCGCUUCAGCUACCUUCUAGAACUACUUGUUAGCUGCAAAGCAGCAUCAUCGAGUACCAAUUCAACUAUACAGAAUGAAAUAGACCUUUUGAGAGAGGUUUUAGAGAGAAGCAACAGGUUCACUGAAAAAGAUGAAGUUUUCGUGAAGGAGAAAUUGAAAGAGCUGAAGAAGAGCCUCCAACAGUCUGGGCUUGGCAUAUCUGAUUCUGAGCGUGUCAUGAUUGUUAAAGCCAUGGGCCUUCAAACAGGACAUUGGUUCAAGUGCCCAAACAAUCAUAUCUAUGUGAUAACAGAGUGUGGCGGGGCAAUGGAGACAUCAAAAUGUCCAGAUUGCCAGGAGACCAUUGGGGGUACACAGCAUACACUUCAUUCAACCAAUCGUUUAGCCAGGGAAAUGGAUGGAGCUCAUCACGCAGCCUGGUCUGAAACUGCAAACAACCUAUUCAAUUUUGAAAACUUCCUGUGAUUUCAUAUACCUUAGUUCAGUAAGAUAAUAUGUAAAGCAUACUAAAAUGACAGAAAAUGCAAAUCUAAAGUGCUAUGAAACUACUUAAUAUUGUGACAUGGAUUUAAAAUAUGAUUUAAACAAUACAAAUCAAUUGUCUACAGUUUAAAAAUAAUACAUUGCAGCAUGCAGGAUCUCCAUUGUAUCUCAGUAUGGAAAAAUAUAUUGUGCAUAUGGAAAUCAAAGCAUGCACAGAUAUAUUUGUGCUUUGUUUAGCAAUGCUUACAAAUACGGACUCGUGUUAGAAUAACAUAAAAUUACAAACCUUUAAAUCAGUUUCUUCCUACAAAAAUGUGUACUUGUAAUGUUUGAGGUGUGUUUGCGUGAAUGAUAGACAAAUUAAAAUAUAUUCUUUUCUGAGAAAAUUUACAAUAAGUAACUGGAAAAAAAUAAAAGAAUUCAAGAUUAAAAUGAAAAAAAAAAAAAAAAGACAGAAUAUAUCAAUGGAAACUAAAAGAUGAAUAAAAUGUAAAACAAAAGAAAGAAGAUAAUGAAAGGAACUUAUAUUACCAAAGCUAUUUAACUGAUUUUAAAAAUGCACAUCAAUAAAAUGUAUAUAAUAGCAAAUGAUCAAACUGA